GGAGCCUGGAGGACCGCCGAGGGGGAGUUGGGCGGACGGCGAGCGGCCGCCAUGGCCACCAACAUCGAGCAGAUCUUCAGGUCCUUCGUCGUCAGUAAAUUCCGGGAGAUCCAGCAGGAGCUGUCCAGUGGAAGAGUUGAAGGCCAGCUGAAUGGUGAAACAAGCCCACCUGUGGAAGGAAAUCCUUCAGGUGAUGAAGCUGCUUGCGCCAGGAACCUACCAAAUGAGGAAAUCGUGCAGAAGAUAGAAGAAGUACUGACUGGGGUCCUUGAUACGGAGCUACGAUGUAAACCAGAUGUAAAAGAGGCCUCGAGAAAAAGUAGAUGCGUCUCUGUGCAGACAGACCCUACAGAUGAGAUUCCAACCAAAAAGGCAAAGAAACAUAAAAAGCACAAAAAUAAAAAGAAGAAAAAGAAGAAAGAGAAAGAGAAAAAGUAUAAAAGACAGCCAGAAGACUCUAAGCCGACAUUGGAAGCCCAUCAUGCCGAGGAGCCCGGGUUAGAGUCCGAUUCUUAUCUGAAGUUUGAUUCUGAGUCCCCGGUGAUGGCACCGGCUCAUUCCGGCAGGGCCCUUGGGCUCCCCGAGCCCCCCGUGGAGCCAACGAAGCCCCUGUUGAUGACGUUGGGGCUGAGCGAGCCCCCUCCCGUGCCUCUCGAAGCUCCCGAAGUAGCAAUGGAGGUGUCAGAGCCACCCCUGAAGGAAGGCACGAGGUCCUCGGCGACGACAACGGAGCCGCCGGAGCCACCCGUCCCGGAAACGGCAGAGUUCCCUUCGGCGGAGCGGUCGGAGCCCCCGCCUGCGGAACUCCCCGCGGCCACGACGCCGAGGUCGGCGGAGCCCCAGGGGACUCUGGCCCCGGAGCGGUACGCGAGCCCUGUGCCGAAGCCUCCGGAGCUGACGCCGGAAGAAAGGAUGACCGAAGGGCCGGCGCCUCCGGCGUCGGAGCCGCCCAGGUCCUGGGAGACGGUGCUAGAGACCCCAUCGGAGGCGUUGCCCGGGCCGUCGGUGGGAACGCCGGAGCGGCUGCCAGAGGUCGUAGCGCUUGAGUUUCCGGAACCAGCUAGGGCAGUACACCCCGCGGCGGAGACACCUCAGGAGUGGGCGGGAACACCGGCUCUUUGGGGCCCGGAGGUGCCGGGGCCGGCCGCGACGACGGCGCUGGAGUCUCCGGGGCCGCCCGCGAUGGCAGCGCCGGGGCCGCCCGCGGUCGCAGCGCUGGAGUGGGCGGGCCCGCCGGCGCCGGCAGCGCUGGAGUGGGCGGGGCCGCCCGCGACCAAAGCGCUGGAGUUGGCAGGGUUUCCCGCGACCCAAGCGCUGGAGUUGGCAGGGUUUCCCGCGACGCGAGCGCCGGGGUCGCCGGAGCCGCCCGCGCCGAGGGAGCCGGGGUCGCCGGAGCCGCCCGCGACGACGGAGACGGGGUCGCCGGAGCCGCCCGCGACGACGGAGACGGGGUCGCCGGAGCCGCCCGUGACGACGGAGGUGGGGUCGCCGGCGACGCCGGGGCCGCCCGCGACGAUGGCGCUGGGGUCGCCGGCGCUGGGGUCGCCGGGGCCGCCCGCGACGCCGGCCCUGGAGUGGUCACAGGAUGCGCCUGUGCUUCCCAUGGCCGUGGAGAUGUCCCAGGAGGCCCCGGAGCCACCUGCAACCGUGCUGGAGUCGGCCCAGGAGUCGCCAGGGCUGCCCUCGGCGACGACGGCCGGGUUGGAGUUGCCGGGGCAGCCCUGGGCGCCGGUGGGCGGGUCGGAGUCGCCGGGGCAGUUCUCGGCGCCGGCGGCCUGGCAGCCCUCGGCGGCGGCCGGGCCGGAGUCGCCGGGGCGGCCCUCGAUGAUGAUGCCCGGGUCGGAGUCGCCGGGGUGGCCCCCGGCGACGACGGCCGGGCCGGAGUUGCCCGGGCCGCCCGCGGCGACGACGGGGUUGGAGGCGGCGGGGCAGCCCGAGGCGCCGACGGGGUCGGAGCCGACGGGGCCGCCCGCGGUGACCACCACGGAGCCGGAGCCGCCGGGGCCGCCCGCGGUGACCACGACGGCGCUGGAGUCGCCGGGGCUGCCUGCGGCAACGACAGCCGCAGCGGUGCUGGAGUUGCCGGGGCAGCCCGCGGCGACGACGUCGGAGCCGACCGCAAUGACCCUGUCAGAGUCCCCGGAGGUGCCCGCGACGACGGCGCUGGAGUCGUACAGUACGGUAGCACAGGCGCUGCCGGCCACGUUAGUUGGGGAGACGUCUACUUCAGUAGCGGUGGAUUCCAUGAUGGCCACAGAGUCCCAUAUGUUAGUGUCCAAUACCAUGGAGUCCCAUAUGUUAGCGUCCAGCUCCCUGGACUCCCAUAUGUUAGCGUCCAGCACCAUGGACUCCCAGAUGUUAGCGUCCAGCACCAUGGACUCCCAGAUGUUAGCGUCCAGCACCAUGGACUCCCAGAUGCUAGCGUCCAGCACCAUGGACUCCCAGAUGUUAGCGUCCAGCACCAUGGACUCCCAGAUGCUGGUGUCGGGCGCCAUGAGCUCCCAUAUGUUAGCCACUAGCACCAUGAGCUCCCAGAUGCUGGCCACCAGCUCCAUGGACAGCCAGAUGUUAGCCACCAGCUCCAUGGACAGCCAGAUGUUGGCCACCAGCUCCAUGGACAGCCAGAUGUUGGCCACCAGCUCCAUGGACAGCCAGAUGUUAGCCACCAGCUCCAUGGACAGCCAGAUGUUAGCGUCCAGCUCCAUGGACUCCCAGAUGUUAGCCUCUAGCUCCAUGGACGCCCAGAUGUUAGCCUCGGGCACCAUGGACCCCCAGAUGUUGGCGUCGGGCACCAUGGACGCCCACAUGUUGGCGUCCGGCACCAUGGACGCCCACAUGUUGGCGUCGGGGACCAUGGACUCCCAGAUGCUGGCGUCCAGCACCCCGGAGUCCUCCAUGCUAGGUUCCGGCCGGUUGGCCCAGGACCCCUACAGGUUAGCCCAGGAUCCUUACAGGCUAGCCCAGGAUCCCUACAGGCUGGCUCAAGACGCGUACAGGUUAGGCCACGACCCCUACCGGGUAGGGCACGACCCCUAUAGACUAGCCCCCGACCCCUACAGGAUGUCCGCCAGGCCCUACAGGCUGUCCUCUAGACCCUACAGGAUGGUCCCUCGGCCCUACAGGUUAGCCCCCAGACCCCUUUUGUCGGCGUACAGGCGCUCCAUGAUGAUGUCUUACGCCGCCGACCGCUCGAUGAUGUCCCCCUACGAGCGCUCGAUGAUGUCCGCUUACGAGCGCUCCAUGAUGUCCCCCAUGGCGGAGCGCUCCAUGAUGUCGGCCUACGAGCGCUCCAUGAUGUCCGCCUACGAACGCUCCAUGAUGUCGCCCAUGGCCGAGCGCUCCAUGAUGUCGGCCUACGAGCGCUCCGUGAUGUCGGCCUACGAGCGCUCCAUGAUGAGCCCGAUGAGCGCCGACCGCUCCAUGGCGUCCUAUGCCGCCGACCGCUCCAUGAUGUCGUCCUACGCCACCGCCGACCGCUCCAUGAUGUCGUCCUACGCCACCGCCGACCGCUCCAUGAUGUCCUACGCCACCGCCGACCGCUCCAUGAUGUCGUCCUACGCCGAGUCUUACGCCGAUUCUUACAUGGUCCCUCCGCUGCCGCCCGAGGAGCCGCCCACGAUGCCGCCGCUGCCGCCCGAGGAGCCCCCGAUGACUCCGCCGCUGCCCCCCGAAGAGCCGCCCGAAGGGGCGGCGGCCUCCGCCGAGGGGCCGGCCCUGACUUCCGAGAUGCAGGCUGAGCCGGCGGAGGAGCCGGCGGCGGCCGAGACGGCGGCCUUGCCCGGGGAGGAGCCGGCGGCGACGGAGGGGCGGGCCUCGGCCGCGGAAGGCCCGCCCGAGAUGUCCACGUUCCCCCCCGGGGGCCCCCUGACCGAGAUGCUGGUGCUGGCCACCGAGGGGUCGGCGUACCCGACGUCCACCGAGGGCCCCGCGCUGCCGGCGGAGAUGCCGCCGCUGCCCCCCGAGGGGCCCGUGCCGAUCGAGAUGCCCCCUCUGCCCGGCGAGGGGGCUCUGCCGCCGACCGAGCCGCCCCCUCUACCCCCGGAGGCUCCCGCGCCGCUGACCGAGCUGCCGCCCCUGCCCGCGGAAGUGCCGCCGUCCACCGAGAUGCCGCCGUUGCCCGCCGAGGGGCCCGCGCCGCCGCCCGAGAUGCCGCCGUUGCCCGCGGAGGGGCCCGAGAUGCCGCCUCUGCCCGCGGAGGCGCCCGCCCCGCCGUCGGAGAUGCCGCCGAUGCCCGGCGAGGGGCCGCCCUUGCCCCCCGAGGGACCCGCGCUGCCGACUGAGAUGCCGUCCUGGCCCACGGCGGGGCCCGCCUUGCCGAGCGAGGGGCCGCCCUUACCCCCGAAAGAACCGACGUGGCAAGAGCUGACCGCCCCUCCCGAGCCUCCCCCGGUGCCGGCCGAAUAUUGCGAAUACCCUCCGCCGCCUCCCCAGCCUUCGGGAGUAGCGCCCGAGUCGCCGGCGCCGUCGUCGGGACCCGCUGACGCGGUCGGAGAGCCGCAGUCUCCGACGACGUCCGGGUCGCUAGAAUGCGACGGAGCCCCGCCCCCACCCCCGCCGCCGCCGCCGCCGCCGGAAAGUACAGUCCAGCUGCCCGAGACCUCUAGCGGGUCGCCGGAACUCUCUCUAAUCUCCAGACCCGCCGUACUGGAGGUCGAGCCUCCUGUGAGCGCACCCGAGCCCGCCACGGCCCCAGCGCCUCUCGUGGCGUCGGAACCGGGGGAGGGCCCCGGACCCGCUUUCCGGGCCCCGGAGCCCUCCGUGGGGCCCGCAGGCCCCGCGGCCUCGUCGGAGACCCCGCUGAGCGGAAUGGAUUUCACCUCCCCUGGAACGUGUGAUUUCGCAGCGGAGACCAGCCGGUCGUCCGUCAGGGAGGAGCUCCCCCUCCCUGCCCUGCCCCGCGAAGAGCUCUACGCCAGCGAGAGCCAACCCGAGAGCCUGGCCCGAGCGGGCGUCCCCCUCGCCGCCCAAGAGACCGACCAGGGCGCUAUAUCCACCACCUGCCCCGAGACCGUUAGCGAGGCUUACGCCGAGCCGUCGUUUCCCGUCGGCGAGGCGGGGAAGCGCGGGGAGUCGUCGGCCAUCUCCUCCAGUAUCGUCGGCGAAGCGGACGGAGCGGGGCCGGCGGUGACCGCCGGCCCCGGUUCGGAGAAGACGGGCGAGGCGGGGACGCCGCUCGUCCCAGAGACUGAACCGGCCCCGGUCAGCGAGGCCGGUCCCGAGGAGCCUCUGCCGUCUCAGGAGAUCGAGAGCGACAUGGUCAUCUCCACCAGCCCGGCCGGCGGGAGCGAAAUCGACAUCGAGAUCCCUCUGCCCCCGAAAGACGUUGGCGCGGAGGCGCCGCCGGCCGAGGGCCAGCCGGCCGAGGCCGCCGCCGCGGGGCCUCCGUCGGCGAGAGAGCCGGACGGCGGCCCGGCGGUGGCGUCCAGCUCCAGCGACGGCUGCGGGGCCGAGCCGCCGGCCCCGCCCCCCGCCCCAGCCGGCGAGCAGGACUCGGUAUUCGGGAUCAGCACCAGCACCAGCGAUUUUAACGAAGUCGAGCUCAUGAGGCCGCUCCUCCCUAAAGACAUGGAACGAGCCGCGGCGUUGGCCGCCAGCGUCGGCUUUCUGGGCGCCGACGUCGCCGGCCCCCUGCCCCCCGGGCUCAUGGGCCCCAGCCUCCCCGGGCGAGCCGACGAGUCCUCUUCGUCCGACGAGAAGGACGACUACGAGAUCUUCGUGAAGGUGAAGGACACGCACGAGAAGAGCAAGCGCCAUAAGAGCCGGGAUAAGGGCGAGAAAGAGUCCAAGAAGUCCAAGAAGAGCCGGUCGCGGUCCCAUUCCAAGUCCAAAAAGCGGAAGAGGACGUCCCGGUCCGACUCGGCUUCCCGAGAGGCGACCUCGAAGAGAGGCAGGUCUAGGAGCAGAAAUCACUCGAAUUCCAGAAAGAAGCAUUCCACGGCAGACAACAAGUCUCGCUCGAGGUCCGUCGACCGGAAGGAGAGUCUCGAUUCCUCCCUGAGGUCUCGAAGUAAGCGCUCCAAGUCUUCCGAGCACAAGUCGCGCCGGCGGACCAGCGAGUCCCGCUCCCGGGCCCGGAAGAAAUCCUCCAAGUCCAAGUCGCCUCAUCGGUCCCAGUCGCGCUCCAGGUCGCGGUCCCGGCGCCGGCGGCGGAGCAGCCGGUCGCGGUCCAAGUCGCGGGGCCGGCGGUCCUCGUCGAAAGAGAAACGGAAGCGCUCCCCCAAGGGCCGCUCCAAGUCGAGGGAGCGCAAGCGGAAGCGCUCCAGCUCCAAAGAGAACCGCAAGGCCGGCCGGGCCCGCAGCCGCACCCCCAGCCGCCGCAGCCGCACCCACAGCCCGGCCCGGCGGAGGCGGUCCAGGUCGGCGGGGAGGAGGCGGAGCCCCAGCGCGUCCCCGGCCCGCCGCAGCCGCAGCCGCAGCCCGGCCCGCCGUAGCCGCAGCCCCGCCCGCCGCAGGAGGUCCCGGUCGGCCGCGAGGAGGAGGAGCUUUAGCAUCUCCCCCGUCCGGCUAAGGCGCUCACGGACCCCCCUGAGGAGGCGCUUCAGCAGAUCCCCUCUCCGCCGAAAACGGUCCCGGUCGUCCGAGAGGGGCAGAUCACCACCUAAACGGCUGACCGAUUUAGAUAAGGCCCAGCUUCUGGAAAUAGCCAAAGCUAACGCAGCAGCAAUGUGCGCUAAGGCUGGUGUGCCCUUGCCACCGAGCUUGAAACCUGCUGCCCCGCCACCAACAGUGGAAGAGAAAGUGGCCAAAAAGUCAGGAGGCGCGACAAUAGAAGAGCUCACGGAGAAAUGCAAGCAGAUCGCUCAAAGUAAAGAAGACGACGACGAGAUCGUGAACAAGCCUCACGUUUCGGACGAGGAGGAGGAGGAACGUCCUUUCUACCAUCACCCCUUUAAACUCAAUGAACCCAAGCCCAUUUUCUUCAACUUAAACAUCGCUGCCGCCAAGCCAACCCCACCCAAGAACCAGGUAACAUUGACAAAAGAAUUUCCCGUAUCGUCUGGCUCUCAACAUCGGAAGAAGGAAGCCGACAGCGUGUACGGCGAGUGGGUUCCGGUGGAGAAAAACGGGGAGGAGAACAAAGACGACGAUAACGUCUUCAGCAGCAAUUUGCCUACUGAGCCUGUGGACAUAUCUACUGCAAUGAGUGAGCGGGCCCUUGCUCAGAAAAGGCUUACCGAAAACGCAUUUGACCUUGAGGCCAUGAGCAUGCUAAAUCGUGCACAGGAGCGGAUUGAUGCCUGGGCUCAGUUAAACUCCAUCCCGGGCCAGUUCACGGGAAGUACCGGCGUGCAGGUUCUUACCCAGGAGCAGCUGGCGAACACCGGCGCCCAGGCCUGGAUCAAAAAGGAUCAGUUCCUAAGAGCAGCCCCCGUGACCGGAGGGAUGGGAGCCGUGCUGAUGAGGAAGAUGGGUUGGCGCGAAGGAGAGGGACUGGGAAAAAACAAAGAAGGGAACAAGGAGCCGAUCCUGGUCGACUUCAAGACGGAUCGUAAAGGUCUCGUAGCGGUCGGGGAGAGAGCGCAGAAGAGGUCCGGGAACUUUUCCGCUGCGAUGAAGGAUCUGUCAGGUAAACAUCCCGUAUCCGCACUGAUGGAGAUCUGUAAUAAAAGGAGAUGGCAGCCGCCUGAAUUCCUCUUGGUGCACGACAGUGGCCCCGAUCACCGCAAACAUUUCCUCUUUAGGGUAUUGAGAAAUGGAAGCCCUUACCAGCCCAAUUGUAUGUUUUUCUUGAAUAGGUAUUGAUAAAUGGAAGCGCUUACCAGCCCAGCUUUGCCAGCCCUAAUAAGAAGCAUGCUAAAGCCACAGCAGCUACUGUGGUUCUUCAAGCAAUGGGCCUUGUACCAAAGGACCUCAUGGCUAAUGCCACUUGCUUCAGGAGUGCCUCACGUAGAUAGAGAUUGAGGUUUUAUAUUAAUCAUUUCAGAUCAUUUUACUCUCUGCGUCCCAAAAUAGUUCCUCUCGACUGUUGUAAAUAAUUUGGCAACUUAGACAUCGUGUAAAAAGCAAACCUGUACAAACAUCUCCCGGCUUUGGUUUUGUACCAUGGAAAAAUGUAUUUAACCAUACAGGGUUUUGGUAUGUUUAUAUCGUUUACCUUAGUGACGUAUCUGUUUCUUAAGUGGCUAACGUCGAAAACCGUCGACCGUUCGAAGGCAUCAGUAAUCUCUCCUCGGUGUGGAAUGUUAAAUCCCGCUUUUAUACUGUAUUUUGUACUACGACGUGAUCCUCUCCCCUCCCUCGCGGCCAGGCCGCUCUAACGCUCGGGCCGACGGUGGGCCGGGGGCCGCGCGCCUCGGACCCGCUCGGUCACGGAGGCCGGGCCGGCGUCGAGCGGAGAGCGGGGGCUCCGGGCCGCCGCCUCUCCCCCCCCGUCGCGGCCGGCCCCGCGGGCCCACGGUCCCGAGACCGGGAUCGAGCCGGACCGACGCCGGGAGGAGGAGAUCCGAAAGGAAGAUCGACUAGAAUCCCCCCCCGCGGAAGCCAAGCCGAUUUAGUAUGGCGUUGAGUUGUGAUGUAGUUUUACUUUCGUGUGCAUUUUGAAUUGCAGCUACAACUAGAUAGACUCGAAAUGAUACUUUAAGGGGAAAAAUAAACGCUGUAACCGACCUAAUAAAUAAAUAAAAAAAAAAAAAUCAGCACCAGGCCACUAUUCUGUCGACUAUGCGGAAGUUUAAGUUCGUGUUAAUUAGGGUCUGAUAGAAUAUUUCCUAUGUGCAUUAUAGUGGUACUCAUAUGCUGUGUCUUUCAACUUUGUUUUAAAAAAAGCUUAAGGCCCAAAUACAGACUUCUCUGGAAUAA